AGUGUGUCAAGGAAGAAACAGAAAUUUUAAGUCGAUGGCUACGAAUUUGGAAAAUACCACUAAUUCAAUAUCAAAUAACAUGGGUGAAACAGUAGGCAAUCUAACACAUACAGAGCCUAUGGAUGUUAGAUACGGCUGGUAUGGCAUGUUUGGGACAAUCCUUUUCUUUCAAGUGUUGAAUAAACUGGUGACUUAUGUGGGUUCACCUUCAUUUGUGCACAACAAACCAAAUGAGUUCUGGAAGUUCAGAAAUCUCUUCAUAUCAUGGGUGCACGCAUUUAUCGCUGGGACAUGGACAUUGUAUAGUGCAUUAGCAUACCCAGAGUACCGACAGGAUCUCAUUGCAUUUGUUGAACCCGGAGCCUAUGCACUUGUAACAUUCACAACAGGAUACUUUUUAUAUGACACUGGUGACCUAAUCGUCAACAACCGAGUGCUGAAACAGUGGGAGGUAGCCUUCCAUCAUGCCGCGGUGACGUCUAUGUUUUUCUAUAACAUGGCAACAAGUCGGUGUAUAGGCUACAAUGUGUAUGCUCUUAUGGCUGAAGUCAAUAGUUUCUUCCUUCACACUCGCAAACUGCUGCAGAUGUGCCACGUCCGUUUUGACCACUGGAGUUACAAGAUAAAUGCUGUACUUAACAUAGUCACUUUUGUGGUAUUCCGCGGACUGUCGUUAGGAACCAUCACCAUGGGGAUGAUCACACCGGGGGAGCGUUACCGAGUGUCCACGAUAUACUGGUACACGCUUUGCGGUUCGAUGUUUGUGAUGUGGGGCAUCAAUCCUAUCCUGUUUUGGCGGUUGCUCAAGAACGAUUUUCUACGAAAAGAUUACCAACAGGUGAAGACGGAUGACCAGGGCUUGAAAAAUGGCAUUGCAAAUAAUAACAUCAAGAAAAUCGACUAACAUCUGUCAUCACUGUGGAUUUUUGCUCGUAUUGUAAAUGUCCUACUUAUGCCACGUGGACCAGACUGACUUUUGUCAUCAAGAAGGCUAUCGUCCAUUUCACGAGGAGAAAAAAUGUCUUUCUGAUUUUUCUGUGAUUUCACAGAAACAACAGCAGUUGAACAAAACACUGUGUAGACGCUGUAUAGCCAGUUGAAGGGCAUCUGAACUGAAGGCCUUUGUUAUGUGUGAUAGGCCUAUGUGUAACAGACUCACCAAAACUGGCUCAAUAAUGUCUAUACAGAAUAUUCUUUGAUCAUGUGAAACUUCAAAACCAGAAUUUUAUGAACAUUCUAGCUUUGCAAAAAAUAUAACAACGCAUGACCAGCAGUGAGCAAUUAAAGCUAAAGACUGUCGCAUUUUCUUCACCAUAUUUUCUGUGCAGUGCCAACCAUUCUUGGAAUGGGCUUUAAGCCUCGCGCAAACAAGCAAUUUGAAUGGAAGCUGUUUAAAUCGCUCGUUUGCAGGGUUCUUUAGCGUCUGUUCCUAAUAAAAUGCCAGCUGGUGACAGUCUCUGACUGGGAAUUUCAUCAUAGGUUUAUAAAAUCCAUAUCUGGAACCAAGUGGCUGGAAGGAAUAUGAUUAUGACAAGUGUGUUUACAAUGUCUGCCUGUCUUUUGCUAUGCCUAUUCUACUCAAUGAAUAAAAGCUUUGAGGGCAAAAAAUAACCAACAGUGUUUGAGAGGGCUUUAUUAAGUUACCAAAUAUUAGAUUAAUUUGAAUUUGAAUUUGAUCGGUGAAUUUCCAAUUUUUGAGUCUGUGUAAAUGCUUAAAUACAAUGCAUAUCAUUAUAACUUAUAUCAUAAUUCUGGCAAGAGUUACUUAACAUAGUCUCGCACUGACUGAGUUAAGUAAAUCUUGUGCAGGAAAACUGCUUUGUGUGCUAUCCUCUUGUACUCACCGUCCAUCGAGCUGACACCAGUUACCUAGACACACAAGGCUUAGAGGUCACAGUCCUUGCACCCUCUGUCCCAUAGAAGUCUGCCUGUAAGGGUGGGUGGGUGUGGGGUGGGGGUCUUGCUGGGCUAAAAUGAAAGCACUUCGAUCUUGCAGGAGGCGACUGCUGGAAACCAUUUUGUAAUUGUAUCGAGCUUUGUCGUGUUUUGAACGGCAGGAGCAGGAUUACAGCCAGAGUUUGUCAAUAAACCAUUGGCAAUGAUUCGCACAAUAUUGUUUAUAAAGGAUCUUCUGUUAACUCUUGGGUGCUGCAGAAUUAAUAGUAUUUUUAGAAUACUCAAACACUUUCCCACCUUAAAUCAGUUUGAUGUACAUGUAACUUGGCCUAUUUUUUUUCUCUGAAAAGGCGUAAGGCUUGGAUAUCAUAUUUUUUUAAUGCAUUGCAUGCAUACAUGUACAUGUAGAGUAUAUAUUUGAACACAUGAACUGUGCUUUUCCCUGUGCACAUAACGUGGCCGGCUCUUGCUAAAGAGUACACUUGGGCAGAAAUUUUGAAAGUGAGUUAGUAGUAUCGGGCGAUUCCUUUCACAAUUAUUUUCAAAGUGAUGUGUGAUACCAGACAAUUCAUUGAGGAUUGACUGAGAUAAAGACUUAGUUAUACAUCACACUCUAAAGUUUAGAGAAAACCUUGUCCAAAGAUAGGUUACUUUCUGUGAAGAGCAUUUGAAGGAGUAACUGUACUACAUGGCUACACCACUGGACAUAGUAGAACUAACUCAGCAAAGUCAUUAAAUCAUUUUUUUUCAAACAUUAAAAAAAAAUCUUUUCUCACUUUUCCGCAAAUGCAGAUCCUUCAGCCAGGGUCGGUCACAUUUUGAGAAUUAUGUUGCAUUUUGAAGGUACCGGUAUAUUUUCAUAAUAAAACAUUCAGUGUGGGUGCUUGUUGUUUUUGACAAAAUUAGAACACUGGCAGAUGAGUGUAAAUUUGUUGACAGAUUGUUUCAAUUGAUGCACCCAUCAUCAAACAUGAUUUGUGCUAUGAAUCGGCUUCUGGGAGCAUCAACACGCCAGAGAUUAAAGCCAAGUCUUAACACAAAGCAGAAUCAAAAGGUUUUAAUUUUGCUGCCAGGCCUGUGUUUUUCUUACUGACAUGUAGAUGGUUUAGUUAGCUCCCAAGCUACUUGACUGUUUUCAUCUGCAGUGGAUUCCUGGCCAUCUCCGAAUGAAUCUCUCCUCUAAUGACAUGUUCUUGGAGCUAUCCAUGUUCAAUGUUGAUUGGUGCAUGAAAGAAGCAGGUGCAUGAUUGAAAGAAGCAAGUUAUUGUUGGGACUGUCCUGAUCAUCAGGAGUCCCGAAUUCAUUUGGCUUCCAGUUUCUGAUUUCGUUGCCUUUUGCAUAAACAAAAGAAGAAUAUACUGGCACAUACUCACCUUUAGCUGGAAGAUUUGCAGAUGAUAGUGAGGUUUAGAAUUGUUAGGAGUCGUCUCAAUAUGCCGCUUUUUCAGCAACAUUUGUAAUGCUGGCAUAAGGCAAGAGUGGUGUAAAAUUUGUUGCUUUAAGACAUAUUGACUGUGUAGACAAGUUGGCUAACAAGCAUGUCAUUACUUGUCACUUGGGACGUUGCUGAAACUUACUAUUUUGUCGGGGUGGAAUCAAUGUUUUCCAAGUCAACAUACAGUAGAAGGACCAUAGACUGUUUUGUAUUUAUACUUGAAAUCUUUGUCAACCAAGAUAAUGUUGAAGUUGUUAAACCUGAAACAGUUAUUGAAUGUAAGGGUCACAACACAAAUGUUUUUUCUACAUUGGUGGCUCCUGUGUACAUUUUGUAUAGGGAGUGACUUUGUUAUCAUUCUAUAAGAAUGAACUUGUGUGUAAUUAUUGUGUUGCCAUUACCAGUGUAUGUUGCUAUCGAGUCUUCUCACUUUAGAAUAGGUCCCAUAGACUAUUCUAACUCACUCCAAUUGCAAUGUAGCAUACAUGUGUUAGAUAGGUAGUAGUUUGAUCGGAAUAUGGGACCUUCUCUAAAGUUAAUUCGAGAAAUACUAUAGUGCAUUUCAGUUCUUCAUUAUUUUCCCAAUAAUUGUCUCUAAUAGGGAUGGUUCAUUAGAGUAUACAUCUUUUGUCUAGUCGCUUUUUCUUCUGCAUUUUCUUGGAUUGUUUUCAAGAUUGAACAUGGUGAGAUCUUUCACCUUCAAAAAGCUGGACAAGAGGUCGUAUUUUAAUAUUGGAUUGGCAUUGUUAUUUAAAGGGACAAGUUCGCCAUCAGAUAUGUUGGCUUUUCAUAUGAAAAAUGAUUCCACUUUCAACAGAACGUGAUCAAAGGCCAACCUGAAAUUUGUAAGCCACGCGAGUGAAAAAAUAAGUUGUCAAAGGUCAGCUUCAGUGUGUGAUACUAUAUGUGGCAGUGCACAGGGAUACUAUCCUCCUGGCCAGUCAAAGUUGUCCCUCAAAGGUGCAAUCAACUAUAACAGUUCAUCAUGCUAACUGUUAAAAAUGAAUAUAAACAUAUUCAAUUCCUGGUUCUGUCAAUCUGUAACCGCCAGCCGUAACAAUCAUGUUUAAUAAUAUGAAAUUGCUUUCUCAGACACCCUCCAAUAUUUCAGAUUUUCCCUUUCUAUUGUAUCUGUUCAAGGAAAUAUUGACUCUGAAUCCUGUAGGUAUCUUGGAUAAUGCUUUCAUCAUACCUUAUUCUGACGCUUUACUGUAAAAUGACAUACUGACACUUGGUAAAAUCGAAUUGUAUUCAGUCAAUUUGGAUUGUCUCCUAUAUAGUACUUAUUUGUGAUGAGUGUAGAAUUAUAUUUUUAUUGCAGGUUUUUUCAUAAGUAUGAUGAUGAUAUUGUAUAAUAUAUUACGGUAUUUAACCUAUUAUCGAAGCACUGUCUGUAAAUAUUUGAAUAAUGUAGUUUGCUAAUCUGUUAUCACUGUAGUUAGGAAUCUAUAACAAUUUCAAAUUGGCUGACAUCAUGUUAGAUCUGCUGAAUUUCUACUUUGUGUAUUUCACAUUGGAUUCAUUCAAUGACAGCUUGUUGGAAUGUCACGAGAGAAGGGGUUUUUGAGCUAGCCUUUGUGUGUAUAAUAUAGAAGCUGCAAGUGGAAAAAAAAGCAUUGGCCAUUUGUCGCUGAAAGGGAUAUCAAGACAGGAGCCAGGAGGCCCAGAUUAAGUUACUUGAGAUGCUGAUACGGGUGAUCUCACAGCUCAUUGGCACUGAUUGUGGUUUCACAAGGUCUUCAGAACUUCGCCAGCUCCAGACCCUAAACUGUGAAUUAUUUGUCACCCUGAGACAAUGAGUUGGAACCUCCUGGCUCCUGCCAAUAGUCCCCAUCCCUGUAUCAUGUAUUUUACAUAAACACAAGCCUUUGCUAUAACCGUUGCACCACAGAUAUUGCGUAGAAGUGGUUGUUAGGUGGGACUUGGCUUUGAAUGCUAUAGAUCUCAAAUUGUUGAUUUUGAUGUGUAAGCUCUGGCCGUCGCACUUAGUGUGACUGGCUCCGAUACUACUAGUGAUAGUGUCUGGUUUUGAUAAGAGAAAGGCUAUUGCUUCAGUAGAGAAUUUACAUGUAGUUUAUUUCAAUUUAUCAAAGAGUUGCUUCCCUAGUUGUACCCGAUUAUGAAUAGAAUGUCUAUAAAGAGAAACAACGUAAUGUAUUUGGGGUCAAUCAUUUCUAAACUCAGAUAUUUUCAUCACAACGUCAUUGCUCAAUUCUGUGAUUACAAACAAACAAUAUUUUUACAUAUUUCUUGAUAUUUCCAACCUAUCUCUAAGAAUUCUCCUGAAUCAUAGAACAUAUAAAGGGCAUACAGUAAUCAUGUGCUAACACACUGGCACACAGGCAAACAGUAUCCUCAGUAGACUCCUGGAAUUUUCUUCCAAGGCAAUACUAUGAAGUAGAGGGUACAGAGGUCUUUUAUGAUAUUCCUUUCAACCCCAGUUUCAUCUGCCACGAAAGAUUCCAGCAAGUCUGCUGAUGUUUGUACUUGUAUAAAUGUAGAUGUAUUUGGUCUGAAGCACAAGUGUCUUGUUGAUAUCGAACAGAUUUUGUUGUAAUUUUCUCUGCUGGAGUAUUAAAAUCCAAAUCCACUUUAAAAGUGGCAUCGAGUCAUAACUAUGGCAAACAUAAUGACGAAUCCAAAAUUUGAGCAAGUCCGCCACGGACGAAUAUUGUAAAAAUAAGGUCAUUACAGCUGAUGACAUGUGUUGGCUGUUUGUCUCAAAAUGAUUUCCCCUGAUUGGUUGUUUUUCUGGUCUUAAAACAGACCUUCUCAAGAGCCCUAAAAGACUAUGUCACCGAGUGGAUUCAUCACCUCGUCGAUUUUCAAGUUGUGUGUUAAUUACAUUAGACUGCUUCUCAGCCAACAUGAGAAAAAGGGCAGAUAUUUAUUAUUGAUAAUUUUGUUGUGUUUGAUAGUUGUUGGUGAAAGUCUUUGCUUUAUUUGGAAUGAUUUUCUUUGGCCUAUCUUUUCUUUCAUGCAAAUUUGGUAACAUCUGAAGCUUGUCUGGGGCUCUCACUUGCUCAGUUAGGUCAUUCAGUUGGUUACAUGGUUGUAAAUUGUGCUUUGGUACAUGAUGUAAACUAAUAAGGAUCAAUAAAUUUUAUAUACAUGAAUGUGACAGCACA